ACAUACACACGCUAGAACAGGUAGAUCGCCCAUUUUUGUGUUGACUGUGUGCAGGGAAAUGGGACUAUAGAGAAACUGUUACAGCCGCCUUCAUCGUCAGAACAGAUGUGUUCACCGUUUGCCUAAUACAGUGUUUCUACAGGCUAAGCUACACACACCCACACUACGGCGAUCAAAAUCGCGGUCCACAGGCCGGCCACACUGCACAACGAGGGAAUAAUCAAUUGCGAUUUUUGAUUCCGAAUCAAAUAUCUUCAUAUAUACUGUGCAUCUGUGCGGCAACAGUUACCCAUGCUCUAAAUCGCCGUCGACUUAUCGCCGCCCCGGGACGUGCAGAAUCGCCUGGUGUACUGCGGGCUACUCUACCAGAAUAGAGAUUUCGUCCAUGCACUCCUAUAUGUAUGUAAGGUCUAUGAAUGUUGUGGUAAAGGCCCUGGCUAUCCGUCCCCGCUGGACGCGAUGAGGAAUGGCCCUCGCGAGACCCUCCUUUAUGUCACGUGCCCUGUCCCUCAAGGAGCCUCUAAAACCAGGUCGGACUACUUAGCCACUGUAGAUGUGGAUCCAAAGUCCAGUACAUACAGUAAGGUCAUCCAUCGGUGUUAUUUCCCAAAUGCUCAAGAUGAGAUUCACCAUUCCGGAUGGAACUCUUGCUCCAGUUGCCAUGGAGACCCGUCCAAAAGUCGGAACCGGUUAAUUUUGCCGAGUGUGACGUCAUCACGGGUAUACGUCGUAGACACGGGGACUACACCCAGAGCGCCCAGACUGAACAAGUCCGUGGAACCAGUGGAGGUUUUCGAGAAGACGGGCCUGGCUUUUCCUCACACCAGCCACUGUCUGGGAUCGGGCGAGGUCAUGAUCAGUUGUAUGGGGGACCCCAUGGGCAACGGCAAAGGUGGCUUUAUGUUACUUGACGGAGAGACGUUUAACGUGAAGGGGACGUGGCAACAGCCCGGCGAUGAGACCCGCUUUGGGUAUGACUUCUGGUACCAGCCCUACCACAACGUCAUGUUCAGCACAGAGUGGGGAGACCCCAAGUGUUUCACCAAGGGCUUUAGUGUUGAUGACGUCAUGAAUGGUCGGUACGGACAGAGUAUCCACGUUUGGGACUGGACGACUCACAAGCACUUACAGACCAUCGACAUGGGAGCUGAAGGCGCCAUUCCUCUCGAGAUCCGCUUCCUCCACAACCCGUCCUCUCCCGUGGGCUUCGUUGGCUGCGCGCUUGGAACAACUGUGUUCCGGUUUACAAAAAACAACAAUGGAUCAUGGUUCGCUGAGAAGGUUAUUGAUGUUCCCGCCAAGAAAGUCGAGGGUUGGGCGUUACCGGAAAUGCCAGGUUUGAUCACCGAUAUUCUGCUGUCUUUGGACGAUCGUUUCCUGUACUUCAGCAACUGGUUACACGGGGAUAUCAGGCAAUACGACAUUACCGACACUAGGAAUCCUCGGCUUGUCGGUCAGAUUUUCCUUGGCGGAAGUAUUGUUAAAGGAGGCGGCGUGCGCGUUACGGAAGAUAAAGAACUGAAGGAGCAGCCGGAGCCGUUGGUAAUUCAGGGUAGACGCGCAUACGGCAGUCCACAGAUGUUACAACUCAGUCUGGACGGUAAACGGCUGUACGUGACGGAGUCACUCUUCUCUACUUGGGACAAUCAGUUCUACCCAGACCUGAGCAAGCACGGCAGUGUGUUACUGCAGAUAGACGUUGACACGGAACGUGGCGGUCUAACACUGAAUCGGGACUUCUUGGUGGACUUUGGAAAGGAGCCUGGGGGUCCAAUGUUAGCCCACGAGAUGCGGUAUCCCGGGGGAGACUGUAGCUCUGAUAUAUGGCUCGUGAACAAACAGACGGCCAAGUUCUAAACAACAACAACAACAACAACAACACUAUAAGAUUACAAAGGAACUGGAAUUAUGUAUGCUGGGAUUAACAUGUGGUUAAAUGACGUCGUCGCAGACUAGUUUUUAUGGGUGCGGGUUCCAGGCCGUUCACAGCUCGGGUUUACUCUUGGGACAUGAUGGCCAGAUUCUGAACACAAUAUUAAUACCUUAUCCCCUCACUUUUUGUACUUUUUUCUUACUUUUACACACCGAUACGUAAUCUGUAUAGGCUAACACUGUGUAUUAUACAGAUAGCGUGUGAAUAUUUACUGGUGGAAUGAACAAAACAAGUGAUUGUCUGUAUGUUAAAACACGGACUGAUAAAUGUUCUUAAAAUUUUGGUCUAAUCAGAGUUUCGCCGCCAAGAAGUGAAAAAAGAAAGAAGUAAUUCUGAAAGACAGGGAGUUAAAAAAACAAAACAAAAAAAAAACGCGAAAAUGAACUUUCAUACCUUUCAUGUAGGGACUUCAGAACGGGUUACCGAAUGCUACACUUUAGAGCCCAAGUUGUUAGCAUUUCGCCUGAGAUGUCAGAGGAAUGCCCCCAAAAUUCAUGCCCCUGUGUGAAUAAAACCUGGCAUUUGCCAUCAAGAACAAAAUAAGCCGUAAUUAAGAAAACAGACAGAACCCCGGUGAGCACUGAAUUUGUCCCAAGCUUCACAUAACUUGCUGACCCCAAUCCUGCCGUGAAUUUAUACUUUAUACAUAUGUUUUAUACAGGCAUUCUUCAUUGAGGAAUUCCUCAUCUUAAGAUAUCCCAAAAUUUUCAGAAAAAUUUGUUCGAGUGUUUAUCUUAGCAGUGCUAAAAGUGCCCAAACCAUCAGCUUAGUAGCGCACACAUGUUCAAGCAUUUAGCUUUGCAGUGCUAAAAAUGUUCAAGCAUUUUGAAGCGUUUGAGGGAGAAAUCCCCGUUUAAUUUAUGAUGUCUGUAAGCCUUCCCAGGUGAAGAACCCUCCUCCAUUUUAUCCCAUUGUCUCGUCUCACCAUUGAUAUGAUGUUUAUUAGCCUUCCCAGGUGAAGAACCCACUUCCGUUUUAUCCCAUUGUCUUGUGUCAUCUGUGAUGUCUAUAAGUCUUCCCAGGUGAAGGACCCACCUCCUUUUCAUUCCAGUGUAGUGAAGAAGCCAGCUGAAGUGGAGAUCCCGCCCUCCAAACACAUGUAGUGAGGAAAGCAUUUCAGAUUUAAGAUUCAGAUCUGGAUUAUAACCGAGGGAAUAUUUUAUCAACAACACGUGAAGUAUACCGUAUAUCGCAUAGUAUGUAUAGUACAGAGAAGUUUUACCAUGACUCGUCUUUGCAGGCCAGUCAAAACAGAAAACGAACAAAACUUGCCUAAUAAUAUAAUAUUAAUAGACUACGGCAUACAGAGUUGGCAAAUGUUCAGACGUAGCCAAUGAAAUACGGCCUCUUGCCAAGUUACCUAAGUCAGGAUGUUAUUUCGACUUUUCACGUACAGUAUAUUCUUGAAAGUAGCAACUUAAACGCCUAGCACGAUGGCUUAAGCAGAAUUAAGUACUUGACAAUGAUGUUAGGUUAGGUAUAAUAGACGUCACACAGGCUGGUGUAGAAUACCAUUGUGCUUUGUGUAAAUAUUUUUGUUGUAUCACAACUCCUUAUUUGAGGUAAAACUUCGAAUUUGUAGGCCAAGUUCUUGGCUUUUCAGGGGAAAUAACUCUGUUGGUCAUAUUAGCAAUAAAUAUCCACGUCAUUUCGUGCAAGUAUAUAAAAUCUGUGAAAAUAUGUGCAAUUCGGUAUCGAGGAGACCACAAAGGAUGGCUCAACUAACCGUACCUCUGGUACUAACGUCUAACCGACCAGAAGUUGAACUUCCCCCUUAGUUAUGGUGAUGGCUGUUGGGGACCUAACCAAGGCUGCCCAUGUUAAACGUCUUAACGGUAAAAACCGAAAGACCAUCUAAAAAUGGAUGCAGGCAACACUAAAUAGACCACAUAAAACUAUGCAUAAAUAUACUUUCAUUUAUUUUUUUUGGAUUUUUUAAGGAGAGUUAAAGACGUUUAAACAUUUGAAUUCUAAGGAGGACUUUAUGGGCCAUACUACUGGAGUUUAGGAACUCUGGCGUCACAUGAACUCUUUCCAACUUCAAUUACGACUCUGAAUGUUGGAAUAACUCUCUUUAGCUAUGGGUAAAGGAUUAAUGAAGUGAUGCUUCCAAAUACCCUUUCCUUCCGGUGAACAUCAGGAAAGAAGGUGGUGUGACUUCAGAGUUCCUAGAUACCGUCAGUAUGGUUCAUAAAGCGCACCAUAGUAUUCAAACAUUUGAAUGCUUUUCAACACUCUUAAAAAAAUCUGAAAAAAUAAAUAAAGGUAUUUUCACGUAUAGGUUUCGGUUGUCUGUAUGAUGAACCUUACUUCAUGUUUUAGCUUUCCUUUACUGUAAGUAUAACCCUAUUUAGGAUUGAACCUGGGCUUUCCGUUACGCACAUAGUGCAUGUGCAAAGCACGAGGACGCUUAACUAUAAACUGUCCCAUGUGAAUAUUACAUUUCAUGUAAGAAUAUUUAACAGCGAUGUACUAGGAAAGGAAUACGUGGAUAGGACUCUGAUUAUACAUGAAAGGAUCGGUGAGGGUUAGGGUCUUCGCAAAAUAUUACCGUUGGUUGCAGGGGAUCAAUCUGACCAAGUUGUCACAAUGUUGUCAAGGAAGUAAUAUGGCUUGCGACUGACGGGCCCUUGAUGGGGGUGUACCUCAAAAUUUGUAUAAACUGAAUGUUUUUCCAUUGAUACACAUUUAUUCUUCUAUAGUUUCAACGUGGUUUUCAGUCCAUUCGUAAAAGGUUUAGCUCAGUAACUUAAGAGACGCGUGGUCAUGGUUCAAAACCAGCCUGCGCUGACUACAGUUUAUUUUAUUUUAGUGCAUUUAUUUUUGUCCCUUUUCCUAUGAAUGCCUCCUUUUUCAUAUGUGUAUUUCCCGGUAAACAUUACCUGAGUGGUACUGCAUGUUAGUAGUCGUAUGUAGAUUUAUGUCCGAAAUCCUAAUCUGGUGUCGGGCGACAGAUAAGUUUUUGAUGUGACAAGUUGUGUGGAAUUCAUCUAAAGGAAAUACACAAAGUCUUAGCGAAACACAAAAGCAUAAUGAAACAGUUAAUUUAUUUUAGUUAUUUAUUUGAUUGGUGUUUUACGCUGUACUCAGAAAUUUUUCACUUAUACAACUUUUCAUUAAAUCUGGGGUCAAGGGGAAAUGAC